AUGUUUUCGCCGACCCAACCUAGGUGGCAUAAGAGCAAGAGAAAGAAGAGGAGUGUGAUAUCAGAGGCACAUAAUGCACAUAAAAACAUGACUUUACCAUCGGCCGAACGGCACGUUUCUUUGCCAGUUUUUUUUACAAAAAAAACACGAAAUCACGGAAUCCACGGCGCUGUUCCGGCUAAAGGGCGGGCGGCGAGGGCGACCGCAGAAACUCGCGCCCUGAGCGUUCUCACACCGCCCGACGUGAACUCCCUUAAUGAGGUGGGCGAGGAA